GUAUUGCAAUUUGUCAAUAAGCAUUCCUGUGAGAGAAGGUAAGAAGGAUGAAGGCCAGAAGCAGAGGAGAGUAAUAAUAACCACCACCAUUUUAUACUGAGCACCAGGCAUCCGGUCCUGGGCACAGACUUGGAUUCACAAAUCGUAAACGUUGAGCACUGUCUUAAUAGAUGAGAAAAUUGGAGGCAGGGAGAAGUGACUUGCCAGGUCACCCAGCUAGUAUCUGGUAGAGCCAGGAUUCCGCCCUAAAUCAGACUCCCACCGCUCUUGAGAAGGAUUCAAAGAGAAAUAGGAAGAAGGGUGUUUUUUUCGUUGUUCUUGGACAAGUACAGGGACGGAGAGGAAAGGAACGCAUAUGCAAACGAUGGAGAAACAAAAAAGUGAUAAGAGGGCAAGAGCUGAGGGGGAACCGCAGGGGAAGUAAAACUAAAAAAGAUUAAGAAACUCCUCAUAAGACUGGGAGACCUGAAAGGCUUGUUUUAAAAACAAAGGUCAGAGGAAGGAGGAAGGUGCCUCACCCCGAGGCCCCGCCCCUAAGCCCUUAGAGUGGCACCCCUCCCGCUAGGGGAGGCGGGACUUCCCCCCUCAAGGCAGCUGCGGCCGGUGGAGUCCGGAAGACUCUACUGGGAAGAGGCGGGGCCAAAACUGUGCGGCCAAUCGGGGCGCGACGCCUUCGUCUUGCCGGGGAUCUCUCUGGGUAACUUGCUUUAGAGAACUAGCACCAUGGCGUCUGGCUGCAAGAUUGGCCCGUCCAUCCUCAACAGCGACCUGGCCAGUUUAGGGGCGGAGUGCCUUCGGAUGCUGGACUCUGGGGCCGAUUAUCUGCACCUGGAUGCACCCUGCUCUUCAGGGAGGCAUUUUGUUCCCAACAUCACCUUUGGUCACCCUGUGGUAGAAAGCCUCCGAAAGCAGCUAGGCCAGGACCCUUUCUUUGACAUGCACAUGAUGGUGUCCAGGCCGGAACAGUGGGUAAAACCAAUGGCUGUAGCAGGAGCCAAUCAAUAUACUUUUCAUCUCGAGGCUACUGAGAACCCGGGGGCUUUGAUCAAAGACAUUCGGGAGAAUGGAAUGAAGGUUGGCCUUGCUAUCAAACCAGGAACUACAGUUGAGUAUUUGGCACCAUGGGCUAAUCAGAUAGAUAUGGCCUUGGUUAUGACAGUGGAACCUGGGUUUGGAGGGCAGAAAUUCAUGGAAGAUAUGAUGCCAAAGGUAAAAGAAGUAUUUGGUUCUGGGGUUCACUGGUUGAGGACCCAGUUCCCGUCUUUGGACAUUGAGGUUGAUGGUGGAGUAGGUCCUGACACCAUCCAUAAAUGCGCAGAGGCAGGAGCUAACAUGAUUGUAUCUGGCAGUGCCAUUAUGAGGAGUGAAGACCCCAGAUCUGUGAUCAACCUGUUAAGAAAUGUUUGCUCAGAAGCUGCUCAGAAACGUUCUCUCGAUCGAUGAAACCACAAGGAGUCCAGGGUUUCUGCUUAUGAGAUCUCCUUUUUAUUGGAAAACAAGAAUAUUGACUACCAAAUCAUACCACAGUUGAGGCAGUGCUGCUUUUCCGAGCAAUUAUUCAUUCCAGUGACUAAAAUCCAUUUUGCAGAAUGUUCCAAGAGGUUAGAAAUUGGUGUGUAUUACGUUUUCAGUGAUGGAAUUUAAAGAUUAGUGUGGUAAAAUACCAUUUUUACUGGGAGACUUGAUUUUUAUAAAGAGUAAAAAUAUGGCUGUAUCAAGGUUAUGAACAGAAAUGUGUCUUAAUGCCUAAGGAAGGCAUAUUAGCUACUAUGAAAAAAAAAUUUUUUUCUGUAUUUCUAAAAAGAGUUUUCUUUGCUUCUUGGCUUUUCUGAAAGCAAAGGAAGUCCUGUUUUUCCGGUUUCCUGUCAUUCUUGAUUUGUGUAUUUGCAUGAUAACUAAGUUUGGAUGUGGCUGGGAUGGAUGGCUCUUCUAGCUUCGAAAACAUGUAUUUUUUACUUUGCACCUUAUAUUUGAUACAUAAAAAAACCCGAGUGUAUUAUGAAGUCCAGGGAUUUUCAGGUGGUCUGUUGUAAAACGCAAGCACAAGUUUUAUCAGGGUGUUUUCUUUGUUAAUUUUGCCAUAGCGGCAGGUUAUUCAGUGGUUCUUCCCCCACCCCCUACCCACCCUCCACCAACCCCAUUUCCCCUUUUUCUUAAUCACACCCGCUGUUCUGAAGGCCAUAAAAUGUUUUCCUAGCUCUAUGCUAAAAGGAAAGGAAGGCCUCUAUUUGGAAGUAAUAUUAAGUUGAAUCCUGACUCUCUUCCCCUUUCUAUUUGUUUGACCUUAGCAAACCAAUCCAGCCAACCUCUUUGAGCUGAUUAUUAACUGAUUUAUAUAUUGAAUGUAAUCAUAACAACAUUGGGGGGGUUGUCUUUAGGAUUAAGAGAUACUAUUAAUUAUAUACGUAAAGCUUCCACUACUAUUCCUAGAAUUGUAGGGUAGUAGAAUUUGAGGAUGCUCAAUACAAAGUAGCUAUCAUUAUAUAAAUGUAUGCUUUGUAGAUUAUAAAGUAUGUUGAUGAUAUCUCAUUAAACCCACAAAUCAGUCCUAUGAAUGGUAAGACAGGUAUGUUUGUCCCCGUUUAAAAAAUGAAGAUACUAAAUAAAGCUCAACAGGCUGAUACCAUGGAAAGGAAGGAUCCAGUAAAGAAUAGGAUUUCUGGUCUGUACUCUUUUUACAGAUGGAGCCCUUGGGAGGUGGAUAAGCAAAGGAAGCUUCUUUUACUUAACGUUCUCUUAUUUCCAGUCUAGCUUUACCCUGUAGCAAAACCAGAUGGCUGAGAAUAUUCUGCAACUAUGGAUUUUGACUCCAAGGAUAUAUAUUUUAUUAAUCCAAGAAAGACCAGGUAGGCUAAUAUAUGGCGAGGUACAGAGUUAAUCCGUAAACUAAAUGUUUAUGAUUGUGUCCCAAAUUACACUUUGACAAUAGAUACAUAUUAGCUACUUCGUUGUUGUAAAUACUCUUGCUGUGUAAUACACAUGGCAAGAAAUAACAGGACCAGUGUCAUUAAAUUUUUUUCAGGCUA